AUGACAGAAAAAAUCUUACAGAAGUUAGAUAUUCUGGAUGAGCAAGCAAAGAUACUCUUGGCCAGAAGAAUAAAGAAAAACUAUCUUCAGAGUCAUGUAAAGGAAAAGACUUUCGUUAUACCCUUGACAUUUGAUUGUCAGUCAGAAUUUGAAGAGGCUGUUAUCACUACAUCCACAUCUAAAACAGUAUCAGGGAGUACAGAAAACAAGUCACCUGGUAUUAAAAAAACAAAAAGGUAUGUCUCCUUCAAAAAUGAGCCUAAACCUAAAAAGAGUGAUGUUGAAAAGUUAAAUUUAAGACCACACUUUGUACCAACAAAUAUAAAAAAUCAAGAAAGCAAGUCAAUAGAACCAGUGGAAGAAAAUCUAAAAUCAAGAUAUAGUAGACGUUUUCUUUAUCUUAAGGAUACAGGUGAGGUGGAAAAUGCUAAGCUUUCACAUGACCAGUAUUCACAGCAGAGACAAGAAUGUAGACAAACACUGGACUCUACAGCCUCUUUUCCUGUACCCAGCACUCAAUCUAGUGCUUAUAAGAAGGAAAAAGACUCCACUUUAUUUACAGCUCACACUGAAAUAAAAGCUAAGAAAUCAUUUGAGUUGGUUGGCCACUUAGAAGAUUAUGUAAAUAAAAGAAGAACUUCUCCACAGAUAAAUGAUUUGAAUACAAGAGAAAAUAUAUCUGUCAGAAAUGAUCAAUUAAGUGAGUAUUGUUCAGAAGAAAAGAAAAGCUUUCUCCCCUUAUGCUUUGAGGAUGAAUUGAGAAGGCCAAAUGCCAAGAUAAUCAACAUUAGUCCAGCAAAAGCAGUAACUUCUCACAUGGAACAAAAUGACACAAAUCCCAUAAUUUUCCAUGAGACUGGAUAUGUACAAACAUUACUUCUGACAAAAAAUAGGCUUCUUUCUCAUCCUAUGGAAAAUAGAAAUACUUCCCCAUAUAAAAGAGUAAAUUUUGUUCUAGAAAGAAAUCAUGAAAUCUUCAAAUCUUUAAUUAAUAAUCAAUUUAUUACUGAUUCUAAACCCAAAAGAACUAUGCCUGCAGCAUGGAGGAAAAAUAUACAAGCAUCGUCUCUUGAAGUGGGCUAUAGAGUUGUAGAGAAUAAACUAAAGAAGAAAACUAGUAUGAAGACAUUUGAAAACAUGUCUUGUAAUAAACCCUAUAAUUUCUCAGAGACUUUUUCUAGCCUAACAAAAAAAUGUGUAGGUUUCCUUGAUAAAACUGUUAUUCAAGAAAUGAGUACUAAAAAUGGUAAAUUUAAAAGCAUGUUAUCUACAGUUAAACCAAUGAGCAAAUUCAGUGCCUCACCUGUCAAAUAUUGCUCAAAGCCUUUAAAAAAUGUACUCAAAUUCUAUAAAUUAGAUACUGUAACACCACUGGAUGAUUUGUUAAACUUGUCAAGUGGAAAUUAA